AGAUUUGGGUUUUAUGCUUCAACAUCUUUACUUUUAAUCCUCGUAUGCCAUCACUUUCCUCUUCUGAAAGUGUUGCAGGCAGCCUCAAAUUUGCACACGGUGCAAACAGCGGCGGUCACAAGGCUUCAUCACAGAGCUGUCUGCAGCCUGUGAGCUCUCAGAGGAUGGUCAGUGUGUUAACACUUCACCAGAGGACACUACGAGGAGCUCAACAAAUAAACAUUACAUUUUGAUAAACAGCGCGCUUUCUCUCUGCAGUACUUUUUAAAUUACUUUUUUAAAAAAAAACAUUUUUUGUUUUAGUCUGGGCAUUUUAUUUUUGCGGAAUUUCUUUUAAUCUGAUAUCCUCCAAGAAGCCAAAAAUGUUCAAAAAGAAGAAGGAUCCAGAGAGAGUGAUCCUGGUGUCAGAUGUGAGGAGCUCAUACACCACUCUGAGGGGGUCCAGCAUGCCCAACCAGGAGGCGCUACAGAUUGACGGCAGUGGUAGCGUCAAGCAUUGCCAUGACAACAGCCGUGCACAAGAAGAUCGUGAACGGGAGAAGAAAGUCGCCAGGAGGAGGUUGUUGGUGGCCUCGGCCAUCUGCGUGGUUUUCAUGAUCGGUGAAAUCCUCGGUGGGUAUUUUGCAGGCAGUCUUGCGGUGAUGACAGAUGCCGCUCACCUGCUCGUAGACUUCAUCAGCUUCAUCAUCAGCCUGCUGUCCCUCUGGCUCUCCUCCAGGCCUGCCACACACAAGCUCAGCUACGGCUGGCAUCGUGCAGAGAUUCUGGGUGCACUGGUGUCAGUCUUCACCAUCUGGCUGGUAACAGGAGUUUUGGUUUACCUGGCUGUGGAGCGCAUCAUCAAAGAUAACUACACCAUCGAGGGCACUGUCAUGCUCAUUACCUCUGGUUGUGCUGUGUUGGCUAAUAUUAUCAUGGCCCUCACCCUCCACCAGUCUGGCCACGGCCACAGUCACGGCGGUCUGAGCUCGCACGGCCACGGCCACAGUCACGGGGGUCACAGCUCAAACGGGCACGGCCACAGUUACAAGAAAGGACACAGACACAGUCACACCUCAAACCACUCACACCUGAAUGGCAACAGUGCAGAUGUGGAGCAAAACACAGCUGGUCAUGGACGCAGGGCUCAGCAGGACAACGCCAGUGUGCGAGCAGCCUUUAUCCACGUGGUGGGAGAUCUGCUCCAGAGUGUCAGCGUGCUUAUCAGUGCCAUCAUUAUCUUCUUCAAGCCAGAAUAUAAGAUUGCUGACCCCAUCUGCACCUUCCUGUUCUCCAUAUUUGUCGUGUGUACCACCUUCACCAUCAUGAGGGAUAUUCUCCUCGUCCUGAUGGAAGGCACUCCAAUAGGGAUGAGGUACGGCGAGGUGCGGGAUAGUCUGCAGGCAGUGAAGGGAGUGACGGCGGUCCACAACCUUCACAUCUGGGCCCUCACCAUGAACCAGGCUGUGCUGACUGCACAUGUAGCCAUAGAUGAGACAGCAGAUGCUCAGACUGUCCUGAGAGAAAUGACCCAGGCUUGUUUCUCGUCCUACAGCUUCCACUCUGUUACGAUUCAGAUGGAGAGACAGGCCGACCUGAAGCCUGGAUGUACCCUGUGUGAGGAGCCCAAGUUGUAGGAAUUUGCCCAAAUUCUUGUUCUCCACAUCAGAGUAAGCCCAAAUAAUGCUUUAGUUACCGUAACUUCUAGUGAUAACAAUAUUAAGUAGUUCUGUACUGCUCGUUGGACCUUCAGGUCUUGUGUUUUUACUAUGACUUUAUGCCAAAGUCAUACGACUGCGCCUCGAGUGCCUUUUGUGUUGACGUUCCCAAAGAAAUAUUUAUACUGAAGUAAGAAUAUGUAUGUGCCUUGAUGACAAUCUUGCUCCUGAUUUAAAUGAUUUUUCAAGAAAAGUUUCUCCUCCUGUGUGAAGUUUUAACUUGUCAAAAAUGUAAAUAUUCCCGAGUUGUUUUUGCUUUUAAGGUUAUUCAUGUUGAAACAGAAAUCACACCGCACUGUAUAAACUAAAUAGUCAUGGUUUACAAAUCUGCAUGUGAUAUGAUUAAGUGACUGUAACUCUGUAGGGGAGACCGGGGUUGGUUGGCACAUUUUUCACUCUGCUGUAUUUCUCGGGCAUAAUGAAAGGUUAAGUUCUCAGCUAUAAAUUAAUGUUUUGAUGCAAAGAAAUGUUUUCUAAAAUUAGGUGAUUUGCCACUAAAAUUAUAUCGUUCCUUUGUGCCAACCAAAGCUGCUCACAAUUGACCCAACUUUUAGAGGAGAUUAUGUAAGCCAGCUUCCAUUACUCGUCACGGACUUUAAAAUCUUGUAUCAAAAUGUAGCUGAUUCAUUUGUUUGUUAAUCAGAAGAAAAAUCUUCCAAUAUGUAUAUCUAACACAGUUUUAUAAUACAUUUAGUCCAUAGACGACUUUUUAUGCUAUGUUUUUCGGGUUGUCCGAUCAACGUAUCGCAUUAUAUCUCAAAAACACCAUAAAGAAAUUUCAAAUUUGGCACAAAUAUUAACUUGAACUUAAUGAUGAACUGACUAGGUUUUGGUGGUCAGAGAUCAAAGGUCAAA